UCUCCUUUUCUCUCUCUCUCUCUCUCUCUCUCUCUCUCUCUCUCUCUCUGACUCUCCCUGUAUUUGUAUCUUAUCCAUCUCCCCCACUCUCAUUCUAAAGCAUCCACCCCUCUUCUAUUCAUCUGGAGUUCUGUCUGUCUCUCUCAUUUCCUCUACCUCUGGGUGCUCUAUCCUUGCUCUUUAGCUAGUCCCUCUGUGUGUCUCUCUUUCUCCCCCCCCCCUCUCUCUCUCUCUCUCUCUGUGUCUCUCUCUCUCUGUGUCUCUCCCUUGCGCUACUACCCUCCCUUUCUCCGUACCCGUCCUUGUGGAGAUCUUGACAGCUCCCAGUGGCACUCGCUCUACUCUCCUGCGUGGGAAACAUGUCAGCCAUUCUGGAUCUGGACCAGAUUGCAUGCUCUGGGAAUGGAGUGGAGCAUGACAUUGAAACUCCCUAUGGCGUCCUCCAUGUGACCAUGAGGGGUGUGCCCAAGGGCAACCGGCCAAUCAUCCUCACUUACCAUGACAUUGGCCUCAACCAUAAGUCGUGCUUCAACACGCUGUUUAACUAUGAGGACAUGCUGGAGAUCACCCAGCACUUUGCUGUUGUUCAUGUGGACGCCCCUGGCCAGCAGGAGGCUGCGCCCCCGUUUCCUACUGGGUACCAGUACCCAACCAUGGAUGAACUAGCUGAGAUGCUGCCCUCAGUCAUGACUCAGCUAAAGGUUAAUAGUGUGAUCGGGAUUGGAGUUGGAGCAGGUGCCUACAUCCUCUCAAGGUUUGCUCUGAAUAACCCCAGCCUGGUAGAGGGCCUGGUGCUGAUCGACGUGGACCCAUGUGCCGAGGGCUGGAUAGAUUGGGCAGCUUCCAAGCUGUCUGGGUGGACCAGUAACCUGGUGGACAUAGUGAUGGCUCAUCAUUUCAGCACUGAGGAGUUGACAGAUAACCAGGAGCUGGUCCAGACCUACCGCCUCCAUAUUGCCCAGGACAUCAACCAGGACAACCUGGGCCUGUUCUGUGCUACCUACAAUGGACGUCGGGAUCUGGAGAUUGAGAGGCCAGUCAUUGGUCUUAAUGAGGACACAGUCAACACACUGUUGUGCCCUGCUUUGCUGGUAGUUGGAGACACAUCCCCUGCUGUGGAGGCUGUGGUGGAGUGUAAUUCCAGGUUAAAUCCAACUAAGACCACACUGCUUAAGAUGGCUGACUGUGGAGGCUUGCCCCAGGUUGUUCAGCCUGGAAAACUGGCAGAGGCAUUCAAGUACUUUGUGCAGGGGAUGGGCUACAUUCCCUACGUACUUCUCAGUCACCUGAGCAACGAAUCAGUGCCGUCAGCCGGUCUGAGCCGCCUGGCCCGCUCUCGUACCACCUCCUCCUCCAGCAUCACCUCCAUGGACAGCAGCCGCAGCCGCAACUUCAACAGCCUGCUGGAGGGCAACACCACUGGGGCCCUGGACAACCAGGUUUGCCCCCAGACCAUGGAGGUCUCCUGCUAAACCUGCCCACCACACUCCUACUUACCACCAGGAAGCAGCCCUCCAUGCUGCCCCUGUCCGCCUCCUCCUCCUCCCGUAACUUAUGUCUCCCAUCUGUAUCUCUUACACUGCUACUCAAUGCCAGAAGGUUAUGUAAUGAAUUAUGUGAUGAACAUGUGGAUAUAAAAAUAUAUAUAUACAAAGAUAUAUUGACUAUUAUAUCAGACGUAGUCACAACUUGAUGCAAUGAUACAAAUAUAUAUAUAAACAUAUACAUAUAUUUGUGUGUAAAGGGUCUGAUGGUAAGAUCAACCACCCCAUGUCCUUCUCAUCAUUUUCUAUCCAAAUGCAUGUCUUUCAUGCAGGCAAAUCUAGCCUCAUAUCUAAAUACACUUGUUCCCUUCUUAUGUUACCAAUUAUUGCCUCACAUCUUGUAUUUAUUUUUUCACAAUGUGUCUAUGUGUAGAAGGUUUGUCCCCUUACAUUUUAAAGUCUUGCGUUUAAAGGGCACUGUAGCUCAAAUCCAACACUACCCAGGUCCUCUGCUUCUGUACUUCAGUCAUUACACAUAUGUGCAACACUUUUUAAUUAAUCUUUUUUAUGUUGGGAACUUUGAACACAUGCCUCUAUUGAUUGUGUGGUUGUGUUUUAAUGCUGUAUUGUACGUACACUGUUAUUCUCAUUUCACCCUGCUCACAUUGUAGUUACAUCUCUCAAGCUGUGUGCAUUUGUAGUAUUUUACUGUAUCUGCAAUGUGUUAUUCCAAUGUAUUUUUUGCAUUAGCAAAUACACUGAAUGAAAAAUAGCACUGUAUACAGGUUGAACUAGGACCUUUUAUGUCUUUCAAAGCAUCUGUGCAAAGAAUAAUACUACAACAAUAGAAAUACAAAACAACGAUAUCGUAAAGAUGUUUUGAUCUCUAUAUUAUUUUGUUAUUAAUGUUGUUUUCUUGUUUCUGUAUACACAAUUGUUGUUUUUGUAGCCUAUUCAGUCAUCUGUUGAGUAGACCUUCACAGUAACAACAUUAACAAAUGUCUUCUGAUGUGAAAAUGUGUUUAGUCCCUUUCACAGAGGGUGGUGCCUCUCACUGUCUGCUGAUUCAACUCAUUUAUACUACCGUAGUACUAAAUAAAGCUAGAAUAUUGAAAAUGUCAA